ACGUUCUUUCUCCCAAAGAAAAGAAUGUAAGGUUACUGAGAUCUCUUCCAACUGAGUGGUAAACCAAAGCCACAGCCAUGGAAGAAGGAAGAAACCUGGAGAACUACACUGUCCAAGGUCUCCUUGAUGAGCUCAGAACCUAUGAGCAUGCGCUGAUGAAGAAGAAGGAAGAACAAGUCACUCUCUUCCCCACGGCAUUGAUGACAACUCCUAGAGUCCCACCGAGUGAAGGGACAUGCCCAAGGAACUGUGACACACCUUCCUCCACCCAGCCGUCAAGCUCAAAAAUGGAGAACUAUGAUGAGGAAUUUGCCAUGAUGAUCAAACAAUUCCGAAAGUUCAAGAAGUUCUUCAAGAAAGCUGACUCAGUCAGAAGGCCAUCCAAAGGAAAGCCACAGGUAAGUGACUCUCCUCCUGAAUCGUAUUUGUGUUAUAACUGCAGGAAACCUGGUCAUUGGAAGUCAGCGUGCCCGUACACAAAGGUGGAGAAGUAUGGAGAAAGAGAAAGGAACGAAAAGAAGAAGAAAGCAAUGGUUGCAGCUGAAAGUGACGAGUCAUCCAUCUCAAGCUCGGAUGAAGAAGCCCUCGUCUGCAUGGAGCACAGAGCUGAGAAGUCCAACCAUGAGGAUCGGUGGACUAUGUCAGAAGAUGACACCCUUUGCCUUAUGGCUAAAGAUGACGCUGAACAAGAGGUAACCUCACAAACCUCCUGCUCAUCUUCUUAUGAAAGCAUACCAACUUCUGAAAGUCUUUUUGACAAGUUCAAAAAGAUGAUGAAAGAUUUUGAGGAAAUAAAUCUCAAACACUCAUCCUUAAAAGAGGAGAACAAGCUAUUGAGUGAAGAGAAUCUCAAGUUGACUGAAGGUCAGAAAAGUCAAUUAGAUGAGAUCACUCAACUAAAGACUGAAAAUAAAUCUCUCUCUGAAAAGGUUAAAACCCUCAACAAGGAGCUUGGGAUACUUAAGUCCAAAGAAGCAGUGGAUAAGCUUCUUGAAGCGACCAAACAAAAGGGUCUUGAAGGACUUGGGUUUGACCCCUCCAGUUCCAAGAGAAAAGGGAGAACAACCUUCAUCCCUCCUAAACCUACUGCCAAACACAAUAAGCAGAAAGGGAAGGAGAAGGAGAAAUCCAUAGAAGUCCCCAAAAAGGAAGCCGCUAAGUACCCAGGUGUCUGGUACUUAGACAGUGGCUGUUCAAGACACAUGACGGGUGAUGCGAGCCUCUUGAGCAAUCUAAUUCCCUAUGAUGGUCCAAGAGUUACUUUUGGAGGAAGCAAUGAUUUUGGCCUUACGAAAGGGCUAGGAAAUCUGGUGUACAAAGGACUAAUCAUCCAAGCUGUAUCUUAUGUUGAAGGGAUUCAAACAGAACAAGGUGGGAGACGACAACGCCGGCUAACCUUCUACCCUAGGCUGGCUGGAGGGGCUUUGCACAUCACCAGCAUACCGAACGCAGGGAGCAACAACCUUAAUGCGGUGUUCUCGAGAGUGCACCACUUCCGAUCCUCUACAGCCGCGUUCUCAACUGGUGCAACAGAGAUUGAUUUUUCUUCCGAUCCUCUUCGCUCACUAAGCCUAGGCCAGAUUCGUAGUGCCAGAAGAGAGACGACAGUGAUAAAGGGAUUAAUAAACUUGGAAUCACGAGCAAUUUACAUUUCUCGAUCAGAAGCUGCUUUACGACCCUUUUAUUUACUUUUAGCAGGAAAAAAAGCAGUAAUUGUUCCCGCACAAUCGUAUUCUGAGCAAUACAACGCAAGCUGGCGGGAUGCUUGGCGAUCAUUGAAAACUGCAAGCCCCCAAGCACUUAGCAAUAUGGAUGGAAGCAUGAGGCACAUCCAUAGGAGACAAAGAAAAGGCNNNNUAAACUUGGAAUCACGAGCAAUUUACAUUUCUCGAUCAGAAGCUGCUUUACGACCCUUUUAUUUACUUUUAGCAGGAAAAAAAGCAGUAAUUGUUCCCGCACAAUCGUAUUCUGAGCAAUACAACGCAAGCUGGCGGGAUGCUUGGCGAUCAUUGAAAACUGCAAGCCCCCAAGCACUUAGCAAUAUGGAUGGAAGCAUGAGGCACAUCCAUAGGAGACAAAGAAAAGGCGAGCAUUUUAAUCUGCUGGGUGCAGCAUUGGUGACAGACGAAUUCUGGGAGGGGGUAUAUGGUGGCUCUGGUGGCUGUCAAGGCUGGCUUCACUUCAACGCAGAUUGGAUUGAGAAUAGACAUAGGGCGAGGGAGUACUCAAACGAUUAAAAUGAAUAGAGAAGACAGUGAGAUCUUCAGGAACAUUGCAGCUUGAAGAAGAGGGAGAUGGGUGGAGGUUGUCUUUGCAAGAGUUAAGCAAUUGUUCAUCAUCUUUCUUGACAUUGACCCCGCAGGUACAACACAUCCAAAUUUCAGCAUCAAUUCCUUCAUUUUUUUUCAUAAUUGAGAUUUCAAAGCUACCUUCUUGCCAUUUGUACUCUUAUAUAUAUCUCUCCAUAUGAAUUUCAUAUCCAUUAAUAUCAUCAAAUUUGUAACUUCAUCUUAAAACAAAUGCGGGAUUUUUUUAGAUCAAUUUACUUGAAGUGUACCCUAAACAAUCCAUUUUUUGUGUGAUUAAUUCCUAGGUUCAAUCCAGGUUUUUCUUAAUUGUUAAUCGCAAACAGUAAAUUGACGUAAAAACUAUGAUAUAUUUAUUUUCUUUUUCAGACGCUUUUAGAUUUAAUGGAGAGAUGAUAAUACAAAUGGUGGUUGAUUGUUCUUGGAAAAAUGAAGAGAACUUUAGAGG